CUUAUCACUUCCCUAACUUCAUGAUUGUUGUGUGCGGCAUUUGUUUGCGCUGAAGUUCGUCUCUAAUGAGUUUUGUUAUUGCGAGAUCGAGGUGUUAUUUAUUUUCGUGUAACGUAAUUGAUUAGGAAUAAGUAGACUUUGUUCGGGAAAAUUAAGUCCUCUGUGGGAAAAAUAUGAUAUUGUUCUGUCUCUGGAUACGUUUAUGCAAUUUUACUGAUUUUUGUGAUUCAUCAUCAGGUUAGGAUCUUAACAGCUAGAAGCCGGCUCAGUUUUUUAAUUAAGGCUAGAGUAAACGAACGUAAAAAUCAAGUUAGGUUAAUAUUAUAGUAGAGGGUCAGAUUAGGGUCAACAAAGACCCCGUAUAAGGUCAAAUUUAAACGAAAAAGUUAUGGGAUCAUUAAACCUUGUUUGUCCAAUGUGUUGUGGUGAAACAUUUAACAGUCCACAGUCAUUAAAGUACCAUUUAUUAAGUAUGACAGACAACCUAUAUUGUCCUGGUUGUUCCCAGCGUUCUGACUCGGUCAUGGCACUCAUUCAACAUUUGGAUCGGUGUGGACAAAGUGUUGAUUCAGAAGAACCACCUGAAUCAGAGCAUGAACCUAGGCAAGAGACUCGUCAAGAAUCAGAACCAGAUACGGAGGUUUUAAUGAGCACAAAUGUUGAAGAAAUAGACCAAAGUUUUCUAGCAACUGUAAAUGACAGUGGAAUUAUGAUAGUUGGUGGGCCCCAAACAAUACAAGUUGAUGAAAAUGGAGAAAUUAAAGUCAUAGAAAAAAUGGAAACUGAAGAAAUAGAGCAAACACAAAUGGAGAAAAAUUCUCUAGAAUUUGAGAUAACUGAAAGAGUUCCUAAUACCACUAACAAAGCAGAAGGAAAGUCUUUAAUUCAAAAUCAGCUAGUAACUAUUACUGCUUCAGAGUCAGAUGAUAAAAACAGAAAUAAAAAUGUAAUCACUAUUUUACCCGAUGGCUCAGAACUUCUUGAUGGAAACACGGGUGCUUUGAUAAAUAUGGAUCAUAUAAAUGAUGUGGGUGAACUAGAUGAAGAUGGACUGUUGCAUGUGAAGCAAGAACUUUGCGAGAUGGAACCAGAAGCUGUUUAUAGCUGUACUAGUUGUGACAUGAGUUUUAAUUCUGUUGUGGAACACAUAAAACAAUAUCACGAUGGACAAGAAGUAUUACUUGAAAUAGCUGAUCAAUUGGAUGAUUUACCUACAGUAUCUGCAUCUAAUGCUUUAACAUCAGAAUCUGGAAAUGUAGUUAACACGCGAAAUAGAAAAGGCAUGAAUACUCUUCGUACAGAAGAAUGCAUAGACAGUGAAGGAAGACUGUAUACACGAAAAGUAGUGCAAAUAGAAAGGUUUUGGGACAGAACUGCAGCUCAAACACCGCUGCAAUCUACAAAGGCACCAAUGAUUGAGAAGUUCUUUUCUAAUGUGGAAGGAGUAAAAGUACGUGAGAAGAGAUUAGCAGAAGCACCAUUGAGAAUGUACAGAUGUAAUCAGUGCCUUCAGCAGUUUUCAAAACUAGGAAAUUUUCGAGUACAUGCGUGUCUACACGGUCAUAAUCGUUGUGAUAAUUGUGAUCAAACGUUCGCAACACCAAAAGCGUUACAGCUACACGCAAAGGUACAUGAAGGUGAACCAGAUCCAAAUCAGAAAACUUUUGUGUGUGAAACCUGUGGUACAGAGUUUUGUUCGCACAAAAGCUUGCGUUUACAUUCUCGAAUGCACGCGCCAGUCAGAGCAAGACACGUUGACGCACCGGAGGGAACACCUAGUGCGACAUUCACUUGCCCUGAGUGUGGUAAAACGUUAGCAGAAUCAUACAAAGAAGCACAUAUGUCAUUGCAUUCCGGUGACUCUGUAACGUGUACAGUUUGCAAUAGAAAAUUUGAUUCUGCUGAUAGUUUAGCGAUGCAUGCUGCGGUGCACACGGAAUUUAGUCAAUCUCAUUCACCGACGCCACCUACCACAGAAACUACAACUGUUGAACCUCUAGAAAGUCAAAAGCCUUAUCAAUGUCAGCACUGUGGUCGUAGAUUUACAAGACCUCAUGAGAAAGUGAAACACGAGCGCAUUCACACUGGAGAAAAACCACACGCGUGCGAAGUGUGCGGUAAAACAUUUCGAGUUUCCUACUGUUUGACCUUGCACAUGAGAACACAUACCGGAGUCAGACCUUACGGAUGUCAACACUGUGGCAAGAGAUUCAAAGCUUCUUCCGUAUACAAUCAUCAUUUACUCACACACGGAGAAGAGCGUGCUUACACAUGCCCGUAUUGUCCGAAAACUUUCAAAACACGUGUUCAAUUAGCAGGCCACAAAAACAGUCAUACAAAGCCUUUUCGAUGCACAGAAUGUUCUAGACCGUUUGCGUCACUUUACGCCGCACGUGCUCAUAUCCAAACUCACAAAAAAGACAAUAAUUUGAAGUUUAGUUGUUAUAUUUGUGGUGCAUCAUAUGGUAGAGCAUUUGCGCUGAAAGACCACUUGAAACAGCAUGGUCAAGAUGUACUAGCUCCGCCGGAGCCAGCUAGGGAGGAAGAAGUUCACGAAGGGGAAGAUUUUUUGCUUACAGAAGAAGUUGAGGAGGAUGAAUUGGUUAUCCCAUCGCCACUUCCCGUUGCACAAUCAUCGGAAGCCGAAGACACGGAAUGAGACUAUGAAAGCUAGUCAAAUAUUUGUUAUAAAUUGUAGUUUAAUAUUGUUCAAUAUAUCGAUAAAUAUGAUGACUGAUGAUUCCCUAUUUUACGUAGUGUUCAAAAACUAUCAACAAAAUUUCUAUUCACCCAUUGAAUUAUUAUAAAACUUUAGUUCUAAGGCUGAACAAGCGAUAUUCUAAUAUGAACUGCUGUGACUAGGAUUGAUAGUAUUUGUUUGUAAAUAACAUACUACGGAUUUAUAUAUCUUCCUAGAUAUUA